CGAGUGACACGCUGAAGGAACUACUGUGGACGAAACAAAAUGAAGAGGAAUCACGAUUUUAGCUCCUCGGACAGCGAGCUGGAUGAAACUAUUGAGGUGGAGAAGGAGAGCGCGGAUGAGAAUGGGAACAUGAGCUCUCCUCUCGGCUCCAUGUCUCCCACCACAUCCACUCAGGUGCAGGCGAGGAAAAGACGUCGAGGGAUCAUUGAGAAACGGCGCCGGGACAGAAUCAACAACAGCCUCAGUGAGCUGCGCAGGCUCGUCCCCAGCGCCUUCGAGAAACAGGGAUCAGCCAAACUGGAGAAAGCAGAGAUUUUGCAGAUGACUGUUGACCAUCUGAAGAUGCUUCAUGCUGCUGGAGGCAAAGGGUACUUUGACGCCCAUGCCCUGGCGAUGGACUACCGUGGUUUGGGUUUCAGGGAGUGCCUGGCUGAGACAGCCCGCUACCUGAGCAUAAUCGAGGGCUUGGAUAGCACGGACCCCCUCCGGAUCCGUCUGGUCUCCCAUCUCAACAACUAUGCCAGCCAGCGCGAGGCCCACUCCGGCCUCAGCCACCUGGCCUGGGGCUCUGCUUUCGGAUCCCCUCCUGCCCACCUGACGCACCCCCUCCUCCUGCAGCACCAGCAGGCUGCACCCCUGGCUCCUCUCCCCCGCAGCACCACCAGCAGCCCGCAGACUCCUCUGUCGUCCACUUCGUCCCCCUCCUCCUCCUCCUCUUCUUCCGCCUCCUCCUCCUCCUCCUCGUCUUCAUCGUCCUCCCUGGUUGCAGAGACUCACGUCCCGGGCAGACGCAGCGGCAGCGUCACCCCCCACUCGGACCAGGGUCCCAUCCGGGUUCCCUCCUCCUCCACCGCCGCUCCCACCACCGUCCUCCACCCGGCCCUGGUCUCCUCAUCGGCGUCAAAGCUCUCCCCUCCUCUGCUCUCCUCUCUCUCAGCGUUCCCCUUCGCCUUCAGCACCUUCCCCCUCAUCUCCCCCAGCACCGCCAUCAGCCCCCCAUCCCAGACCUCCAGCGUGGGGAAACCCUACAGACCCUGGGGGAUGGAGAUAGGAGCCUUCUGACUGAAAUGAGAGACACUAUCUGCAUAUAGAGCUGGACUCAAAGGACAAGACUUUAUUUUCCCUGCUAAGAAAGUGCUAUUUUUUCUAUGCUGAUGAUGACAUCCCACAGAGGAUUUACCUAGCUAUAGGUUUUUUAUUGUCUUGGUAUUGUUUUUUUUUGUUUUUUUUGUAUAGAAGAAGAAUAAAAAAAAAACAGAGAGGAGGGAGACCACGACUAAAAAGCAACAGGAGUGAUUUAUUGUGUUGAUUGAUCUCAGCCCUUUAGAAGUUUCACCCACUGUAGUUGGCCUAUCGGGGAUGGCUUUUCCAGAUGGUCAAGCAGUCGCUGCCUGUCAAGAUCCGGGGCGAAAGUGUCCCCCCCCCCCAGCUUUUGUUUUCCUGAGCUGCAACGCAAAAAGUGUUAGUGCCCUGGUUACAGAGGGGGGCCAGGGGGUUGACAGUCACCCCCUUUUUACAGCAUUUUAUGGGGUGGAAUAACUGAAACCAGGUGUUUUGUUCUACUAAAUACUGGGAACAGAAGUUUAGCUACCAGCUCGGUUGAAAUAAACCUAACCAUGAUUUACCCACAAGCUCUAAAUGUUCAUAUGGCGCUCUAUUGUUUAAGCUCGCUUCCACAAGCUUCCUCUCUACAGUAAAUUCUGUUCUUUAACAAUCGAGGCUUCACAUAUGUUUUACCAGCUUUUGCCACAGUGUCCCCACCUUUUUUUUUUUCUAAUGUAAAUGAUGUUAGAUUGAUUAUUUUUAUUUUUAUUUUUUAUCACCUAGUCUCCAUUCUUUGUAUUCAUUCCACACAGCAGCAUUUGCCCAUCAUCUCCGUCAGUCCAAACAGUAGCAGCAAAAACAGUGUAUUUAUCUUUAGAGACAUUUAGAAACACCGGUGCAUCAUUUUCGGCCUGUUGUCUUUGUGCCUCCUUGCCAACUUCACUGUCAGUUUUGUAUAUUUUACGGUUGUACAAAGCACAAACAAGCACUGACAAAUCAGAUUUCUCCACUUUUUCAAAGUUGUUGCUGUUGUGGUGAUGACAACUUCCCUGCAAUAAAAAAAAAAAAAACGAGUUCUGACGAA